AUGAUGCAGAAACAGAUUCAAGAACAGGGUGACUCGGUUGAAGAAACUAUAGCAGGAAGAAAAGGAAUGGAGCAGGCGUUGAACAGGACUGGAAAAGAGUUUGUGGAAUACAAAAAUGAAUUAUUGCAUAAAAAUGUAUCGGAAUGUCCGGAAAUUCCACCUGAUUUAGGUCCAUUGGAUAUUAGGCUUUUAUAUAAUACAAACCUUCUGACGAUCCUUUCUCAGAAUCCAAAUCUACGACCUGGAGGACGCAGUAGGCCCCAGUAUUGUAGGGCCCUGCAGAAAAUUGCCAUUAUAAUCCCAUUCCGUAAUCGCGAAUCUCAUCUCAGGACCUGGCUGUACUACAUGCACCCAUUCCUACAGCAGCAGCAGGCAGAUUAUGGAGUAUACGUGGUGGAACAGAUAGAAGACACAAUGUUCAACCGAGGCAAGCUGAUGAAUGUUGGCUACAGCAUAGCAUCCAAAGACUAUGAUUACAGUUGUUUUAUCUUUAGUGAUGUAGACAUUAUCCCUAUGGAUGGAAGAAAUCUCUACAGGUGCUCUAAGAAUCCCAGGCAUAUGGCAAAUUCUGUGGACAAGUUCAACUUUAAAUUACCUUACAAUGACAUCUUUGGAGGAAUUGUGGCAUUCACAAAGGAACACUUUAAGAAAUUGAAUGGAUUCUCAAAUGUGUUCUGGGGUUGGGGAGGAGAAGAUGAUGAACUGUUCCAAAGAGUGGUGGCUGUGGGACUGAAGGUUGACCGUCCAGACCAAACAAUUGCCAGAUCCAAAAUGAUUUCUCAUAAAAGAGAUUCUGGUAAUGAAAGUACAGGAAAGAGCUUUGCUCUAAUAAGCAAGGCACAUAAACGUCUACAUAAGGAUGGACUGAGUUCUCUGAAUUACAUCAUCAGUAUAACCAGUCAUAAACUUUAUACCAAAGUCACAGUGGAUAUUGGGAAUGGAGAAGAAGUGUCCCCUAAAGCUGAUUAAAGAACAGAAUCUAUUUCUUAACAUUAUUUAUGCAAAUUAAAUUGUCAUUCUUCGAAAAACUAGGGAUCUAAAAUGCUGUUUUUGACAACAUCAUCUCCAAUCUCUGGAUUGUAUGGACAGAUCUUGAUGAGUUCAUUAUGUCAGUGGACAAUUAAGAGAAUCCUUUGCAACUAAAUUAAAUGGAGGAAACCAUGCAAUUUGUCAAAUCUGCUACACUGUGCCCAUGUCAGUGCACCUUCUUGUGACUUCUCAUUAUGGAACAAACAACAUAACAAUAUGAAGGCAGUUGGCUGCCACUUCUCUUCAACAUGGAAGUUUACAAGAUCCAAACCACACAAUGUUGCUUUUGUAGCCUAUGCACUUGAUUAUAAUUCACUGCUUAUUUUACAUACUCAACCAAUGGUAGUAGUGCUGUUGCUCUUCAUCUGGAUACCAGAAGGCAUUAUGUCAGCAGCAAUGCUCAGAGAAAUUCCUUGCCUGUAAAACUGUACAAAUUGUCUCUAU